UGCAAAUAUACUGAAAGUGAGCGCUUGUACUCAAGUUUUACCAAAACUUUAUUCUCUUUUAUCCCAAAUUUUACUGCGGAUUGAGUAACUGCAGUGCAGCUUUUAGGAAAAUGAUGCUAAACCAGAGGAAUGUUAUUAUUGGUGUCAAGUUGGUCCGGGCCACAGAUUUGAGGGGGAGGGCAGUGAAUGUUUGGAGGAAAUGGGUGUUGAAAACUCCUCCUAUAUCCAACUCUACAUUCCCCUUUUGUGCCCUUCUGUCCAAGUUUUGGAGCUGAAACGUCAAGACAGAAAGAGCGCAGAGGGAGAAAAGCAGCAACUGGGAGAAAACUCACUAAAUCUCUCGAAGGGUGCAGACUUACAGAAGCAGAGGGGUAAGAAAUCUGAGGAAGCAUUUUGAUUUCGCAGGAUGAAACGGAACUGACAUGCCUGCAUUUUCUACCAAUUUAUUGCAUGAACUUUUUGGUAUGAUGCAACCUUCGUUUUAUGAGAAGCAGAUCACACCCAAAUGUGACAGCAAGCUUGGAAGUCCUUCAUUUUAUUGUUUGAAUUUACAAAGAUACUUUCUGUUCUGACGUGCAAACGAUUAACGUGGUCUUUACUGAGUUCUGCUUGUGCCAGGUACCUCAAACUGUUAUAUAAACCAGAUGUACAAGUGUGUAAUCAAAGACAUGCCUCUCUAGGUUGUCCACAAUCUAAGAGCAACAAUGUUUUCCCUCUAUGGGUAGAGCUGGGUGGGAAAGACAAACAUGCACAAAGCGUACUUUACCAGCUCCUUUAAAUCUGGGUAUAGUGGACGCUCAAGGAUGUGUAGUUUGGAAAUAAAAGUGAAUGUCUCUCAUCAAGUUUGUGCAUCACAUCUAGGAACAAAAUAGCAGACAACGCUAACAUAUGUAAUUAGCCUUAUAGGAUUGAUAGACGCUCUUCUGUAGGUGAUAAAUUGUCUCUUGCUUGUUUACUUUCUCAAACAUCUGUAUCUGAGGGAACUGAAACCCAGAAAGGAACAAAUCUUUCCAAAUAAAGGAGUUUCCUCUUUUCUGAAUUUGAUGGAAAGAGUCAGCACUUAUUUAAAAAGAAACGUGAGUCAUUUGAUUUCGCUCAGAGUAUUUCUCUUUUGCCCGUAAAGCUUUUAUGCGCAGUUUUCCUGAGCAGUGUGGUUUUCAAAUCAGAGUAGCUCAGUGUGGAACAUUUUAGAAAUGUCCAAAAAGGGUGGAGAUUUAUUGUGCGUUCUUAUUAAACCUUACGUCUGUACCCUGAUUCAUUAAAACUGCACCAAAGUGUGUCAGACCGUUGGUAGAUACUGUUUGAACUUUACAGCAUCCAGUUUGUUUACAACUGAUACAAUUACAGGGAGCUGAUGUUCUGAUGUAGUCCCGGGAGACGGACAGAAACCCCCUUGUCUGCCGUGCUUUAAUGGCCAGAGAUUGUCAGUGCAGAUGUGGAGAUGCAUGAUCAAAGUGCUUGGAGGCAGACAGAGUCCCCCCUGUUUCGGGAACAGCCCCAAAAAUAUGCUGUCCAUUUUAAACCACAUGGAUGAGUAAGACCCUGACAACAAUGACAUAUGAGGGUCCUCUGACUGCGGCUCUUUAUAGAAGUAAAUUUUUGACACGUGAAUUUCACUGACUUAAUGAAAAUGUCAUCUUAUAGGACUGUUGCUGAAAAGGAUAUCAAAAUCUUACCUCACACCCAAGCAGACAUGGUGUGUCUACUUAUAUCCAUAACGGUGCUGCACCUCAGCACCCUGGCCAUGCUUCUCAUCGCCACUCUGGAGAAGGUUAGACACAUUGGUGGAUGUCAGAACUUAUGUAUGCUGACUCCCUUUAAGUCCUUACACUUUAAGUCCUUAUGUAAUGAUCACAUGUCCUUUUUUUUUCUUUGCAGUCUUGGUGGGUAUGGACUGAGUUGGAAGUCUCGGACCUCUGGUAUAACUGCUUCCAUGAUAACCGCAGUGACACCUGGUUGUGUGCAGCUACAGAUGAAAGCGGUACAUUUUCAAAGCAUUUUCCCACUUGCAUGUGCUACCUGUUGGUUUGUUUCCUUACAGGGGAUAUUUUGUGUUUCAAAAUAUAUCUUAAGUUUUUGGUCCAUCUGUUAUGUCUGUGUCUCACUCUCACUCUCUGACCUGAUCCCCCAGACUGGCUACAGUCCGUCCAGGCCCUCAUGAUCCUCUCUGUGGUCUUCUCCUGCAUCUCUUUCCUGGUUUUCGUGGGUCAGCUGGUCACCAUGUCCAAGGGAGGCCUCUUCUACUUCACAGGCCUCUGUCAAGCCUUUGCAGGUCUUUGAACACCUAUUCAUAGACAACAUGAUUGCUACUAAUUAAAAUGAAAGACAUUUUACUCAGAAAUGCAGCCAGAUGAUGUCCUUAACUGUAUUUUGAGUCAUUUAAAGUCAAAUAAUGUACGCCACAUUUACGCCAAAAUGUGUGAAUUGAAUCUAAAACCUCCUUAUAUGACACUCUUUCAGGUUUCACUGUCUUCGCUGCUUGCCUCAUCUUCACCUUCCACAGAAAGGAGAUCUUGAACGACUCCAGAGACUUGAGCAAAGGACGCUUUGGCUACUGUUUCAUCUUGGCGUGGGUGUGUGUCCCCCUCCUCCUGAUCAGUGCAGUCCUGUAUGUCCAUUUACGCAAGAAGCAGUGAGGAGGAAAACUGCUUCUAAAUGGCGACUUUAUUCACAGGGCAGACAUUUUUCUCUGAUCUUGAGCUCAGCGAGGUGAGCUCGAGUGCUGUUAUAAUGUCAUUAAUGCAAGUUGUAUAGGUAAAAGAUAUUGAUAAUGGUUAUGUUGGCAAGAAACUGGUCAAAUGCAAAAAAAAAAAAAAGUGUCAAAUUUGUGAAGUGUGAAUUUUUAGCUAAUGGCAGACAAACUUUAGCUUGAAAAUAAUCCAGUGCUUUCAAUUUUACCCUUAUGUUUAAUGUAAAUAUAGCCUGAUUUUCCUUCAGACUUUUAUUUUUUUACUUAUCAGAUGACAUGACUGUUUUUAUGACAAGACUUUUUAUGAACUAUUUGCAUACUGUAUCUAAAGUGUUAUUAAAAGCAUUGUAGUUUCCCACCCUGAGAACGAUCAGAGGAAAACUAAUGCUGUGUGAAUGUGAUAAACUCAAAGACGGAUACUUUUCACUUACUGUUAAAAAAAAAAAAGUACAUAUAUGGACGCAAGAUGACAGAAAAUGAAAUAUCUCUCUCAAAGACACAGUUCUGCUUCUUUAUGACUUGAGUCCCACCCUACCGCGCUUCACGGUAUCCAGGACAUUAUCUCAUCUCUGUGGCAUCUCUGUCUGUGAGAUAGUGCUGUCACUCAAGAUCAGAGCAAGAUAACUGAGGGUCAUUACAACCCAAUCAUGCUGUAAAAUACAAAGCUGAAGUGCUGCAAGAGUGAUUCAGAGAUAAUGUUAUAUCGUUUUUGUGCUUAAUGCUUAAUUGUGGUUAUGGAAGUACUGUACAAUACAGGGUUACCUGUUUUUUGUGUUUUGUUUAUAUUAUAUAUUUGUAUGCAUUAAAAAGCAAUAGACUGAU